GAAGGAGAGCGGGCGGGAGGGCGGCGCUUUACGGCAGCGCUCCCUCGUCGAGGGCCUCCUUGCUUCCUUCCUAUCCUCAUUCCACGUGGAGCAGCCGCAGGAAGAAGAGUAGGGAGCGCAGCGGCAGCAGCCAUCGCCAUGAAGCGGCCGAAGCUGAAGAAAGCCAGUAAGCGCAUGACCUGUCACAAACGUUAUAAAAUACAGAAAAAGGUACGAGAACACAAGAGAAAACUCAGGAAGGAAGCCAAGAAGCGUGGGCACAAAAAGCCAAAGAAAGAUCUAGGAAUUCCCAAUGCUGCGCCUUUUAAAGAAGAGGUUCUUCGAGAAGCUGAGCAAAGGAAGCAAAGGCGUGAAGAACUGAAGCAAAAGCAAAAACUUGAUCGGCAGAAAGAGCUAGAAAAGAAACGUAAACAAGAAAAAAAUAAAAAGGAUGCUUGUGAAAUAAAACCUGGUGAAAAGAAAUCAAGCAAAAAACAAAAAACAAAGUCAAACCAGCAGGUUGCUAAAAAUUCAAAGAAAUCCUUUUGCCAAGAACUUAAAAAGGUGAUUGAGGCUUCUGAUAUAGUGUUGGAAGUCUUGGAUGCUAGAGAUCCUUUAGGCUGUAGAUGCCCCCAAGUGGAACAACUUAUUAUUCAGACAGAUGGAAAGAAGAAACUACUGUUGCUUUUAAAUAAAAUUGAUCUGGUACCCAAAGAGAACUUGGAGAAAUGGCUGAUUUACUUGAAUAAGGAAUUUCCAACUGUUGCUUUUAAAUCUGCAAUUCAGCUAAAAGAUAAAACUGUGCGAGAAAAAAAACACACCAAAAGACAUAAUGCCUAUACUGAGUUAACAAGAGGAAGCUUGUGCUUUGGAAGUGAAUGCCUUCUAAAACUACUUCAAGAGCAUAGUACAACUAAAGAGAAAGCUAUACAAGUUGGUGUGGUAGGCUUCCCUAAUGUGGGAAAAAGCAGUAUAAUCAAUAGCUUGAAAGAAAUGCGUGCCUGCAACGUGGGACCAGAUAGAGGCCUCACUAAAUAUAUGCAAAUCGUUCACAUUGACAAAAAUAUCAAGAUGUUAGAUAGUCCAUGUAUUAUCGCAGCACCUUCCAACUCGGCUCUUGUGCUGGCAUUGAGAAGUACUACAGACUAUGAUGGUGAAAACUUAGUUAAUUCCAUCGAUGCUAUUCUGAAGCACUGCAGCAAGCAGCAGAUAAUGCUACACUACAACAUGCCAGAUUACAGAAACACUUUGGAAUUUUUAACUCUACUUGCUCGGAAGAGGGGAAUGCUCAAAAAGGGUGGUCUUGCUGACACAGAGAGUGCAGCUAAAUUAUUUCUCUCUGAUUGGACAGGAGCUAGAGUUAGUUACCACUCACAACCACCUGCAGCAUGGAACCUGCCGCCUCACCUUUCCGAACAAACUGUUGUAGCAGCACAGCAGGAAUUUAAGGUUCAUGAUUUGGAAGAAGAUAACAGAAGUACCAUAAAAGCUAGCAAAUACCCAAGUCCAGCAAGCAGUAUUGUCUUUCAGUCUUCUGGCUUCACGGUUGGCAUAACAGAUGAUGGAGAACUGCCAGAAGAGGUAUUAGAACCAGAUAACAUAGAAGAAAAUGAAAAUGAAGAUGAGGACUUCAUGGAAGGAGAAGAUGAGGGGGGUGAAAGAGAAAGUGAUACUGAAGACAUUGAAGAGGGAAGUGAUAAAAUAAUGACUGGCAAAACCACAGCUGAAGAGCUGGAAACAAAGAAUGCAAACUUGGGUGAACUGUCUACAGGUAAACAAGUUGACAUAGACAAGUUGACUGCUGACCAGGAUGAUGCAUAUGAUUUCAAUACGGAUUAUAUAUAAAGAAAAUACCUGAAGUUUCUGAGUGUUCUUUAGCUUUCAGAGAUCUAAUGAGGACCCCGUAGAGACUGAAUUCCUAUAGAGAGACUUUUUCCCCCAGUUACUAAACAACUGGCACAUGUAAAUAUUGUACACAAUGGUGAAUACAGAAGAGUUACCUAGAAGCAAAUAAUUGUAAAUUAUAUUGAAAAAGAGUAACAUACUGUUGUCUUAGCCGCACCUGUUCUGUAAAAAUAAAUUAAAACAAAGAGUAGUAAGACA